CCCUAUCUUGGUAGAGGGUUCUUAUGCCGGGCUGAAAUGGUGAUUGAUCUUGUGUUCGAUUGGGAUAGUUAAAUAUUUGUCGCCUGCGACUUCGACGGCUAUUAUUCGUUGUCCGCGUGCGUCGUUCCGGCUUGUUUGGACUGCGCUUACUUAUAUGUCUCGGGUGCCGGAAUAUGGGGAUCCGAAUCGGUCGAGGCGGUCGGAUGUUCCGUUAACGAGGCCUUGUGUUUUUCGGGUUAUUAGGGUUUCUGGGACGAUGCGGAAGGCGGAGGAAGAGGCGAUUCGGCGGGCAAGGAAGGAGAUUGUGCGGUUGAGAGGCGCGGAGGAGGUUGGGGUGCUUGGGGGUUUAGUUGGUGGAUUGGAAUCUGCGGAGGGCUCCGGUGUUGUUGAGGAUGUGAUGGUGGAUGAAGAGGAGGAUCUUGAUAUGGGGAGUGAUGGGGAGGAUUGAUGGUCUUCUCUAGGAUGAAGGUGUUUGCUUUUUUGGGUGCGUCCGCCGUUGUUGGCGAGGUU